UUUUGGCUCAGGGCCUACUGACUGGCUACCGGCAGGCUCGACGCAGCGCACCGCACCGCACCGCCCACAUAAGAGGAGCAAUGGACAUCGACCUGCUCCACCCGGACCCCAAGGAGGAGAAGACCAGGCACAAGCUGAAGCGCAUGAUCCAGACCCCGAACAGCUUCUUCAUGGACGUCAAGUGCCCAGGCUGCCUGCAGAUCACCACCGUCUACAGCCACGCGCAGACGGUGGUCCUCUGCGGAAACUGCAACGUCAUGCUCUGCCAGCCCACCGGGGGACUCACCCGCCUGACGGAGGGCUGCUCCUUCCGGAAGAAGGCCGACUGAGAGCGGGCCCCCGGGGUGGCGCCUGCGCCGGUGGAGGCUCCUGGCCUUCCGCAGAAAAGCGUCCCUUCCUCCUUCUCCUCCUCCUCCUCCUCCUCCUCCU